UACCUAGAUCUGUUGUGACUGCAAGAUCACCAGUUCCCAAUAUAUCACGGACGAUUCCUUCGCAGCCAAAGGCAUCUUGGGCUCAAAUUGUGAAACCUGAGUCGAAACCGGAGCCAAAACCUGAACCCGUCUCACCUCCUAUACAUAAAAGCUCACCUGAGAACAUAAAAGUUGUAUCUCCAAAAAUAACGAAAUCACCAAUUCCUGUACAGUCAUCACCACCACCUAAAAUACCCGAACCUAUCAGCUUACCUUCUCCACCAGAAGAAAUGGCAGCAGCACCUGUAGUUGCAGCUGUAAAAUCAGAAGAGAUCAAGGGGUCAUCCAAAGAAAUUACAUCUACAGAACAACCAGCAGUUACUCCUACUACAUCUUCACCAGUUGUAAAUGUAUCACCACACUCAAAGGAAAUUUCACCACCCGGUAUCAUUAAUAAAACUAAGCAAGCCCCCCUUCGUAGGUUGAAGCAAGAUGCAGCUGUUGUAAUGCCAAGUGCUGGAGCUGGUUUAGAAAGGGUUGGUGUGCAAUUUGGAAGUUUGAACAUAUCAAAUUCCAGUGAAGAGAACGCGGAGACGGAGGCACCUACUCAAAGAACUGAAGAACGAUCACCUGUAGCAGUGGAAACACCAACUCCUCAACCACUUCAAACUACAACGCCUAUUCAACAGCAACUACUUCAACAACAGUUGCAACAACAGUCACAGGUUCAGCCAUCAUCUGUUUCUUCAUUAUCUCAAACGAGUUCCAUAAAUCGAUCAAUUCCAACCACAUCAGUACAAAAUACUUUGCCGUCGUCCGCCGGCAACGUUCCGUCUGCUACACCUGUGAAUGCUGCUGCGCCGACACCUACACCCCAAAAUUUCAAUCCAUCGUACUUUAAGCAGGAGCAAACAUCCGCUUAUCUAAAUCAACAGCAUCAUUUAGGGUUGGCUACGGAACCAUUAAAUGCUCCUUACGGUUCUUAUCUGCCGAGUCAGCAACUGUCAGGAUUUAGUAUGGGUCCAAUUCAAUCGUUACCAGAAUAUGGUGCACUGUAUCCUGAUGCCCAGCGCAUGAUG